CUGAACGUUCACAUAAUUGGUGGCAAUGCAUAUUUGCGGUCACGACCCCUUCGAUCCAGGGCCAUACCUGAAAAUGCCUCCUCACCUUCUUUGCCACUACCCCCUCGUCCUCUCGAAUGCGGCAUGCCUUCAUGACUACAACAAUGAUGAAUGCAGACGCUGGAAAGAGCCAUGCCAGGAUUCCUGACCAAGAUGACGAAGAGCAACAGCAUACACAACAGGAGAUCUUGCCAGACACUGCAGUCGGAAUCCUUCUACGAAUGCAAGAAGAGUUCAAGUGCCCAAUAUGGUAUGGUGCAAUGACUGCUGGACAUUGCCUCUCACAGUGCAAGGAAGCGCUAUGGUGGCCAAUGAUCUCCUGUAUUGGCACUGACAAUGAGCUGUCGUCAACUGCUAUCUCGUUAGCCUAGGUACAAUGGAUGAACCAAUGUCAACCGGGUGCAAUCAUACGUUUUGCCGUCAAUGUAUUCUUCAUGCGCUGGAUCGCAUGGAAGGAUGUCCUCUCUGCAAGGCUCGGGUGACCAAAAGAAGUUUGAACAAAGUCGGUCAUUUGGGACAAUUAAUCAACGCGUUCCUCCGACUGAGAGAGGCCUUCGAAGUCGAGAAUGGAUCAACAUUAUCGCAGGCACCCAGAAUCUAUGAGACCGAACCUAAAGCCAAUCUAACACAAUUGUUCCCGUAUCCUGAAAAGAUCGGGGGGUCUCUGAGCACCGAACCAAGGCCUCAGGAAGAGCAAUAUCCAAGUUCGUCACUCAGCAGACCUGAAGAUGCGGGUAAUGAUACAGAUUCAACAAUCGCGCCGGGCAACAAGUCGGAAGAUAGUAACGGUACACAGCCAAACGAUGAAGCUCUACCGCAGAAUCAGGCUAGCGAGUUUGACAUGGAUAUUGAUAGCUUUGAUGUGAAUCUCGACACCAUCCCGCAUUCGCAGGCCGCCUUACUCGCCGAGAAGAUGAUAUCUAUGAUAUAUCUUGUCACAUUGGACGAGACCAUAAUAAGACCUACAGCACCAAUACCAGAAGCGCCACGACCACAGAUUCGAUUACGCCAAAAGCAGGAAGACUCGCAACCUGAUUCUCGAAGAGUAAAGCAGGAGCAAGAUGACGACAAUGUUCGACUAACUCCCACACUUCAGGACCAACUAAACCCUGUGAUCCCAAAGCAGGAACCGGCAUCUACAACGGCAGACCCCGGUGCAAGCGCUGACACCUGUCCUCCAACUCAGAGCCCAUCGUCAAAAGAGACGAACGUCAUUCUAUGUGCGACUUUCAUGUCACCCUCAAAAAAGCAACAACUGGAGCAUGCGGCGAGGAUACUUAAGGCGAGAGCCAUUGAUGACUUGGUUACCCGACCAACGCAUAUUGUUAUGGAUUUGACGCUGGAACAAAGUGAAAGCGGCAGCGGACGGACCGUGAAAUACUUUUUGGGUGUGCUCCGCGGCUGUUGGGUCCUUCGAUAUGAAUGGAUUAAUGUCUCGAUGAGUGCAGGGUAUUGGGUGGAUGAAGUGCCGUACCAAAUUUAUGAUAACGAGUUUGAUGUCAAUGCUCCCAAGAAGUCGCGUAUCAGUCAGCAGCGAGGGGAACCUCCUCUGUUUACUGGGUGCGAGGUGCAGCUCUUUGGUAUUUUCAACAAACCCACAAAAGAAGAAGUCGAAUUGAUUAUCAGAACCGGUGGAGGAACUGUCGUCCCACAACUUUUUCUUCGCGAUACACGGUUUGCACGGUCAAUUGCGAGCCAUCACAAUUCUGCAGACACGGACGUAGUUGACGAAUCUACGCGGCAUCUUAUCUUGUAUGAUCAUACCAGCGAGGGUGUGAUGAGUCUAAAGAAGCUGAAGACAGAAGUACGAUCGAUGAAAGAGCUGGCACAGUCGUUGGGCAAAACUGUUCGGGUUGUGCAUUGCAAGAAUCUGUUUGACUCUAUUGCGAAGUAUGAUAUGAACCAGCUGGUGGACACGGAUCCUGCAUAACGUUGCAAUUCCCUAUCCUACGUCGUCA